UUCCUGAUCAGUCAGAUACUAUCGGCCGAUGUAACCAAAGUAUCAAUGCAUAAGGUGAAGAUACAGUCUCGAAAGCAUAGCUUAGAUAGCAGCGCCGCCUGCGCCGGUGUUGGUCGCGCCAGCACCUGCGCCGGUCUGACCAGUCGCGCCGAGAGCUGCGCCUGCACCCGAUGCGCCUGCACCUCCGACAGUGCCGGCGUCGCCCGAUGCAGUCCCAGCAAGACCAGCUGCGCCCGAUGCCUUCUGGCCUGCCGAGCCCGACGCACCAAGGUCACCAUCUGCGUUCGCGCCAACGCCAGCAGCGCCCUCGAGGUUCUCGCCGGCUGCGCCGGACAUGUUUCCGCUCGAGCUCUCGAGUCCGGAACCGUGGAGAUCGCCAGCAGCGUUCGAGCCUUGCGACGAGCUCACGGUCGCGCUGUGGUAUGAAUUUUGAGUAGCAGCGCCACCAAUAUCACCUCUGUAACGCUGCAGAUCAGCAGA